AAUGGCAGUGUGGGGAGGGGCCUGGGGCGCGUGCGGUGCUUGUGGCGUCAAUGCGUCCGCCGUGUCCAUGGAGAGAGGUUGAGGGGUCUAAGGUCAGGCCCGCGGGAGCCGGGCGCCCGGACGGCGAAGAUGUCUGCUUCCUUAGUUCGGGCCACCGUCCGGGCUGUGAGCAAGAGGAAACUGCAGCCCACCCGCGCCGCCCUCACGCUGACACCUUCUGCAGUAAACAAGAUAAAACAACUUCUUAAAGAUAAGCCUGAGCAUGUAGGUUUGAAAGUCGGUGUCCGAACCAGGGGCUGUAAUGGCCUUUCCUACACUCUAGAAUAUACAAAGACUAAAGGAGAUUCUGAUGAAGAAGUUGUUCAAGACGGAGUCAGAGUGUUCAUCGAAAAGAAAGCACAGCUGACACUUUUAGGAACAGAAAUGGACUAUGUUGAAGACAAAUUAUCCAGUGAGUUUGUCUUCAAUAACCCAAAUAUCAAAGGAACUUGUGGCUGUGGAGAAAGCUUUAAUAUUUGAAACCUCAGGACUCUUCUGGCUGUGAAGUCCAGGCAAGCUUACAGGAGCCUUGGAGCUUACUGAAGAGAUCAUGUGACUGUCACGUGCUUAAGCUUUAUAAUGUGUGGCAACCAGGUGGGGAAAUAAAGUGAUGCAUUUUGAAAAUGAAGCCAAUGUGUUAGUAUCCAGAAGAAAUGAUAUUUGUAUUUUCCAUAGGGGGCAGAAAAUGAAAAGCCAUUGCCCUCUUUGGAUCACUGUUCUGUAAAGAAAAAAUUCUGCCCAGCACAUAACUUGCAUACUUUAUUAGAACUGUUUCAUGAAAACUGCCUUCCUGGGAGGGUUGAGGAAGUGGAUCAUUUGGUGUCUGCUCAUUAGAUCACUAUGGGUGGCGUCUCCCACAGCAUUUUCCCAGCCAGACUGGUGGCUUCUAAAAAUCAGAGGCCACAAAUCCUGCCUGCUGAUGCUAACUUGAUACCAUGUUGUUUUUUCAACCCUAACUUGGUAUAGCCUCUUUUCUUGUUUCUUGAGACAGGCACUUGCUAAGUUGGCUAGGUUGGCCUUGUACUCCUGCCUCAGCCUUCAGAGUCAUUGGAUUACAGCUCUGCACCACUACAUCUUGUUUGGCACGGUCUUUUACAUUUUUUUCAAAAUGUCAUUGUCAUUAUCAAAUGCCUCAUUUAUGUGCCCUUCAACAGUACCAGGCAAAGAUUCCCUUGAACAGUUGCACAGAGUAGUUCUGAGAGAUGGUAUCAAAAGGUGAGAAAGACUUCUUCCUUCUGUUUUUUAACCCAUUUCUUUUGCCAUGCUACAAGCUUCCUCAAAGAUGGGACCUCAAGCUGACGCAGAGACCUUCAUUUUAGCUGAAGUGUUUCUUAAAAGGCGUGUAGCCCACCUCGGCUCUGUGUGCCCAAGACGCAACCCCAGGGAAGCCUAAGGCUCACAUCCGCACCAGCCUGCCAGCUAGAGAAGAGUUGGCGCUGUGCCCAGGUCCUCCCAUCUGAGUAUGUGACACAUGCUGCCCACUCCAGGCAGUAAAGCUAAAACGGUAGUCUGGCUUCUUUACCUGGUCAGCAUUUAAAUAAUUUGUUUGUAAUUUAAUGAAGAUCAUACUAGUUUUAAGAGGGAAGAUCUUAUUUCAAAACCCUUUCAGUGAAUUUCCUUCAUAAUUUUAGAGCUUUGAAGCAGUGUUUUAUACUGGCAGAGAAGACAGUGUAGCAUCUGAGAAUGUGUUUUCCUUGGAGUGUAUAAUAAUUGUGAAAUAGAAUGGGGGGGGGGUCUUUUCCUAAAAUUCCCAGUAUGUGUGCACUUCCUGGUUCCGGAAUCCAGUCAUUAAAAUUUGUAAACAACGUUUUUACCUAAUACUCAUCACCAGCUUUUCCUUUAAAAACCCCCUUGUUUCACUUACUGUGUCAAGACCAGGAGAAUCAAUAAAUUAAGUACUCUGAGAUGACA